CUGGCUGCGGCUAGGCGGCAGCAGCGCCUGCAAGGCAGGAGGGGCAGCAGCGGGUGGUUACGACGAGGCUGCUGCUGCAGCUGCUGCUGUUGCUGCGUCUCGCGGCCCCGCUGCGGGUGCUGACCGGGAGCGGCUGUACUGGCGCGGGCUGCUGAGCAGUUCGCUGGUGUUCACUGUGCCGCUGGGGGUGGUGGCCAUGGUGCUGCCCAUGGUGCCAGGCUCCUCCUCCAUCACCACGGUCCCCAUCCUUGGCUUCCCCUGCAACCAGCUGGUGAAGUGGGCGCUGGCCACACCCGUGCAGUUCGUGGUGGGCUGGCGCUUCCAUAAGGGGGCGAUCAAGGCUCUCCGCCGCGGCACCGCCAACAUGGACGUGCUGGUGUCCCUAGGCACCAACGCCUCGUACCUCUACUCCGUCAUCUCCAUCAUGUUCCACCAUGUGCACAGGCACCACAUCACCCGCGACUACGUGCCCACCGACUUCUUCGAGACCUCCGCCUUCCUCAUCACUUUCAUCCUGCUGGGCAAGUACCUGGAGGCGGCAGCAAAGGGCCGCACCUCCGCCGCCCUGGCCGCGCUGGCCGCCCUGGCCCCCGACACCGCCACGCUGGUGCGGCUGGAGCCCGGGUCGGGGGCGGUGCUGGAGGCGCGGGACAUUCCGGCGGCACUCAUACACCGGGGGGACGUGCUGAGGGUUCUCCCCGGCAGCAAGGUGCCCACUGACGGAGUCAUCCUGGAGGGGCAGUCCUACCUGAACGAGGCCAUGGUGACGGGCGAGCCCACCCCCAAGUGGAAGCGCCCCGGGGAGGUGGUCAUCGGCGGCACCCUCAACACCUCCAACCCGCUGCUGGUGCGCGCCACGCGGGUGGGCAACGAGACGGUGCUCAGUCAGAUUGUGCGGCUGGUGGAGCAUGCGCAGAUGACCAAGGCGCCCGUACAGGCCUUCGCCGACCGCGUGGCCUCCAUCUUCGUGCCCCUCGUCAUCGCCGCCUCCCUCAUCACCUGGCUGGGCUGGUUCACCGCGGGGCUCACGGGCGCCUACCCGCCGGGGUGGCUGCCGGAGGGGCACUCGCCCUUCCUGUUUGCGCUGCUGUUUGGUAUCGCGGUGCUGGUGAUCGCCUGCCCCUGCGCGCUGGGGCUGGCCACCCCCACCGCGGUGAUGGUGGGGACGGGGGUGGCGGCGCAGAUGGGCAUUCUGAUCAAGGGAGCGGAUGCGCUGGAGGCUGCCAGCAAGGUGGAUGUGGUGGUGUUUGACAAGACCGGCACCCUCACUCGGGGCAGGCCCACGGUGACCGACUGGCGCCUGGGGAGCGAGGCGGGGGUCAGCGGCGGGGCGUCCCUGGGAGGCAGCGGCAGCGCCAGUGCUGCAGUCACCGCCAGCUCCUCCUCCUCCUCCGCUGCCGCAGCUGGCUCCCACCUCCCCACCCCUACCACCCCCCUGCUGGACCUGCCGCUGCUGUGCCGCUGUGUGGGUGCGGCGGAGAGCGGCUCGGAGCACCCGCUGGCCCGGGCGCUGCUGGACUUUUGCAGGUUGCAGCUGGUGAUGGCGCAGCACGGGGCCACCACCAAGGAUACCGCCGCCUCGGCUGCUGCUGCCGCUGCUGCGCUCCCUACUUCCCCCCGCCGCAGCAACAGCAUCAGCAGCAAAGGCGGCAACGGUGGCUGCUGCAAAGAGGGCAAUGGCAAGGGGGGCGGCGGCGCUACCGCAGCAACCAUCAACGCCACCACCACCAACAGCAACAGCGACAGCGGCGGCAGCACCAUCACCUCUGCCCCUCCUUCCAGAUGCAAUCGCACUGACAGCAGCAGCAGCACUAGCAGUGGUGGCGCCGCCACCACCACCAACAGCCUCCGCCUGCGGCACUCCGCGUCCGCACCUCAGUCCGCCCUCCUCGCCGCCUCCUGCUGCUCCCCCUCCGCCUCCGCCCCCUCGGAGCAGCUGGAGACCCUGCUACCCCGCGCCCGGGACGUGGUGGUGUCCCCGGGAGUGGGCAUCACCUGCUUCGUCAGCCUGGACGAUCUAACCACCCUCACCGCCGCCGCCGCCGCUGCAGCUGCUACCUCUACCACCACACCCACCACCAAUACACCCACCUCUGCAAAGCCCAGCAACCAACCGCCGCCGCAGCUGCUAAGGCUGCCCGGCGUGUGGCCGCCUCGUGACCCCGGUUGGGUCCGUGUAGCAGUGGGCAACCGGGGGCUCAUGCAGCAGGAGGGCGUGGAGGUGCCGGAGGCCGCGGAGGCCUUCAUCGCACCCCUGGAGGGCAGCGGACACACCUGCGUGUUGGUGGCGGUAAACGGCGUGUUGGGGGGCUUGUUGGCGGUGACGGACCCGCUCAAGCCGGAGGCAGCCGGGGUGGUGGCGGCGCUGCGGGCGCGGAAGAUCGGCGUUGUGAUGCUGACGGGGGACAAUUGGCGGACUGCGAGGGCGCUGGCGGGGCGGCUGGGGAUUGACAAGGUUCAUGCGGAGACGCUGCCCAAGAGCAAGGCGCUCAAGGUUCGGGAGCUGCAGUCGGGGGGUCGGGUGGUGGCGAUGGUGGGAGACGGAGUGAACGACUCGCCGGCGCUGGCCGCUGCGGACGUGGGGGUGGCGAUCGGCAGCGGCACCGACAUCGCCAUUGAGGCGGCGGAUUACGUGCUCAUGCGGGAUGACUUGGAGGACGUGCUGGUUGCUCUGGACGUCUCCCGCCGUACCUUCAACCGCAUCCGCCUGAACUACAUUUGGGCCAUGGGCUACAACACGCUCAUGAUACCGGUGGCCGCGGGGGUGCUGUACCCGCUCACGCACAUGCAGCUGCCUCCCUGGCUGGCGGGGCUGUGCAUGGCCUCCUCCUCCGUGUCGGUGGUGGCCUCCUCGCUGCUGCUGAGGAGGUACAAGCGGCCGCCGCGGGUGAUGCGGGAGGUGCAGGUGCUGGGAGGAG